UUGAGCCGUUUCCAGCGAACCCCACCCAUCUCUGGCUCUGGCUCAAACCAUGUCAUUUCCGAUCUCUUAUUUCUUUUCUGGGACUUGUUCGUCAUAAGUGAUUCUUCUGUGGUCGGUGUCUCCUUCGUCCCCAGUGCUUCUCUUUCAUCGUCAAGAUCUUGCGUUUUGUUUUGAUUAACAUAGUUUCUAAGCGGCUGUGACAUGGCAUCAUUCCGAGCAUUCUUGAACAGUCCAGUUGGUCCAAAAACAACUCACUUUUGGGGACCUAUUGCAAACUGGGGAUUCGUUGCCGCUGGAUUGGCGGAUAUGAACAAACCUCCAGAAAUGAUUUCUGGCAACAUGACAGCAGCAAUGUGCGUUUAUUCUGCAUUGUUUAUGAGAUUCGCAUGGAUGGUACAGCCUCGCAAUUAUCUACUUUUGGCAUGCCAUGUCUCAAAUGAGACUGUCCAACUCUAUCAACUCUCUCGCUGGGCAAGGGGUCAGGGGUACUUUCCCCAGAAGAAGGAUGAACCUGCGUCCGAGUAGCGUGCUGCUUCUUUCAUUCAUUUGCUGGUCCAUUGUGUUGUUUGUUGUGAUUUUUACCCAAAACAGUGUUGAUCUCGUGUAUGACUCAUUUAAUACAGUUCUACUUUGAUAUUAACUCAGCAGAUAGAUGUUCAGUGAAACCUCUUCUUCUAUCGUCUAAUUUGUAUUUAAUGUCAUACACUGGUUUUUUU